AAUUUUAUCCUUAUCAUUUAGCGAUCAAAACUUGUUAGGUCCGCGCACUGCAUAGACGCGGCCAUCGACGCCCUGCUCUCUGGGUCGGUGUAAAUUUUACGCAAUUAUUUGUGCCUGUGAAAUAAAAAAAAAACUACACAACUUUUAACUUUUUCAAAAAUUCGAACGUGAUCAUUAUUUGAAUUUGGCGCGAUGCUGGUGACGCUAAUAUUCUUGGUGGGGGUGUCUUCGAGUCUGGCCCUGGACAAUGGGCUGGCCCUAACUCCUCCGAUGGGUUGGCUUACUUGGGAGCGGUUUCGAUGCAUCACAGAUUGCAAGAAGUAUCCCAAUGAAUGUAUCAGCGAAAACUUAAUCAAGAGGACGGCAGAUCUGAUGGUGAAUGAAGGCUACCUUGAUGCUGGAUAUGAGUAUCUGGGUAUCGAUGACUGUUGGUUGGAGAAGAAACGAGGUCCUGACGGACGCAUGGUGCCUGACAAAGAGAGGUUCCCUAAUGGAAUGAAAGCUGUUGCUGACUAUAUCCACAGCAAAGGAUUGAAAUUUGGCAUGUACGAAGACUAUGGGAACCUGACAUGUGCUGGAUACCCUGGUGUGCUUGGCAACGAGCGUCUCGACAUCCAAACCUUCGUGGACUGGGAGAUAGACUACCUCAAGCUCGAUGGAUGCUACAUCAAUCCUAGUGCGAUGGAUUCUGGAUACCCUGCAUUUGGGAAAAUGUUGAAUGACACGGGUCGACAGAUUCUCUACUCUUGCAGUUGGCCGGCUUAUCAAGAAGAUGCUAAAAUGCUUCCGGAUUACUCCGCGAUAGCUGAACACUGCAAUAUGUGGCGUAACUGGGAUGACAUUGAGGACUCGUGGGUGUCCCUCACGAAGAUCAUGAACUGGUUCGGAGACAACCAGGAUAGGCUGGCACAGCAUGCAGGCCCUGGACACUGGAAUGACCCUGAUAUGUUACUGAUAGGAAACUUCGGUCUAACAGAAGACCAGGCUCGCGUGCAGAUGGCGGUGUGGUCGAUAUUGGCUGCCCCUCUCCUCAUGAGCGUAGACCUGGCCACCAUCAAGCCGGAGUUCAAGGCAAUCCUGCUGAAUAAGGACGUCAUUGCUGUGAACCAGGACCCUCUUGGGAAACAAGGAUUGAGGGUGUGGAAGAAAACUGAUCGUGGAGUUAGAUCUCGCCUGGAGAUUUGGAACCGCAAGUUGCAUGACGGUGCGUACGCGGUGGCUUUUGUGAGCCAACGAGAUGACGGCAUACCAUACGCAGCUAACUUCACUGAUAAUGAAAUGCAACUACCGAAAGGAACAUACGAAGUUCAAGACUUGUACAAAGAUGAAGGAGUACGGCAGUGGAACAGUGAAGACAACUUUGAAGUUCGGGUUAACCCAUCAGGUGUGAAAUUCUAUAAGUUUAUCCCGCACGCGUCGAGUGAUGUGAUCAAGUCGGACAGCGGCUACGUGUCUGAUGCCAUCGUUAACGUACUGAUGAACAACAGUUAGUUAUAUUCAAAAAUAGAAUAGCUUCCAAUAUUUAUAGCUAAGUAGUAUGUAAU